AUGAAGGAGGGUGAUGAAUGGAAGACAACCUUCAAGACCAAGUAUGGUCUGUAUGAAUUGCUUGUGAUGCCCUUUGGUUUGACUGGAGCACCCAGCACUUUCAUGAGGCUUAUGAAUGAAGUGCUAAGACCAUUUUUGGGGAAAUUCAUAGUUUUUUACCUAGAUGACAUACUCACUUACAAGAGGGGAAUAACAGAGCACCUAAGUCAUCUUCAACAAUUGUUUGAGGUAUUAAGAAAGCAGAGGUUAUAUGUAAAAUUAGAGAAAUGCAGUUUUCUUUUACCUGAGGUUAAUUUUUUAGGGUACAUAAUAGGUAAAACAGGAGUAAAAGUAGACCCAAGCAAAGUGCAAGCUAUUAAGGAUUGGCCUGUUCCUACUACACUGACACAAAUUAGAUCUUUCCAUGGAUUAGCUUCUUUCUACAGGAGAUUCAUUAAGAACUUCAGCACCAUCAUGACACCUAUCACUGAAUGCACAAAGAAGAGAAGGAGUGAAUGGAAUGCAGAGGCACAAAAAGCCUUUAACACUAUUAAGGACCUUAUGAGCAGAGCAUCCAUACUUAAGCUUCCUGAUUUCACAAAACCUUUUGAGUUGGACUGUGAUGCAUGUGGAACAGGGAUUGGGGCUGUGCUUGUGCAAGAGGGGAGACCCAUAGCUUAUUUUAGUGAGAAGCUGAACCAGAGUAGACUUAACUACUCCACCUAUGAUAAGGAAUUCUAUGCAAUCAUUAGAGCCCUUGAGCAUUGGUCCCACUAUCUAAGAAUUCAACCUUUUGUAUUACACACUGACCAUGAAUCUUUGAAGCAUAUUAACAGCCAACACAAAUUAAGAAAAGCAAAUGUGAUUGCUGAUGCUCUGAUCAGAAAGUAUAGCUUGCUUGGAAUAGUUGGAUCUAGAAUCAUAGGGGGUAAUAAGCUCUGCAUACCACAGUCACCCUUGAGGUUAUUGCUUGUGAAAGAGGUUCAUGAAGGGAGUAUGGGAGGGCAUUUUGGCAUCCAAAACACCCUUGAUAUACUGGCUAAACAUUUCUACUGGCCUAGGAUGCUAGGCACAAUGGGAAAACAUGUGUUGAGAUGUAAGACUUGCCUAAAGGCUAAGGUAACAUUCCAUAAGGGAGAGUACCUACCUUUACCUAUACCACAAAGACUUUGGGAGCAUAUUAGUAUGGAUUUCAUGAUGGCUUUACCUAAGACCAGGAGGGGUAAAGACUCAAUUAUGGUGGUUGUAGAUCGUUUUUCAAAAAUGGCACCCUUCAUUGCAUGUACAAAAGUUGAUGAUGCACAAGGAAUAGCUAGAUUGUAUUUUUCUGAAAUUGUUAGGCUCCAUGGCAUCCCUAAGACUAUAGUCUCUGACAGGGAUAGUAAAUUUUUGAGCUAUUUUUGGAAAAGUUUGUGGAAAAUGCUAGGCACCAAGUUAUUAUUUAGUACUGCAUAUCAUCCACAGAAUGAUGGCCAAACCGAGGUCACCAAUAGGACCUUGGGCACUCUUCUUAGGGUGUUGGUUAGCAAGAACUUAAAGGAUUGGGACAUGAAACUAUGCCAUUCUGAAUUUUCCUAUAACAACAACCCAAGUCAUGCAACUAAGCACACACCCUUUGAAUGCGUAUAUGGUGCCAACCCAUUGAUGCCUGCCUCUAUGAUUAACUUGCCUUGUUUGAAUGAAACUAAUGCAGAUGCAGCAGCCCAAAUACAGAACAUGGAGUCCUUGCACAAACAGAUUCAGGGGAACAUUGUAGAAGCUAGUAGGAAGUACAAACUACAAGCUGACAAGCAUAUCAAGUCCAAGCAACCUAUCAAGGAGGGUGACCUUGUCUGGGUCCAUAUCAGGAAAGAAAGGUUUCCUCAUUUAAGAAAGAACAAGCUCAUGGCAAGAGCUAUAGGAACAUUCAAGGUUCUGCAGCAGUAUGGUCCUAAUGCCUUCAAAGUUGAACUGCUAGACAAAUAUAACAUCUCCUCUACAUUCAACAUUGGAGAUCUCACAUUAUAUGAGCCUGAUUUAGAAUUGAGGACAAUUCUUCCCCAAGAGGGAGGAAUUGAUACAAAUGUGCCAAGUGUAUCAAGUGAUCAAGACCUUGCAAACAACCUACAAGUACAAGACAGUGUUUCUGACUUGUCAUCUACGCCAAUUGUACAUGAAGGGCGAAAUCAGGUCAAGGAUGCUUCCCAAAGAUUAAACAUGACCCCAAGAUAUUAUGUUGGGAACAAGGAAGCCAAGCCUACAACAAGAAACAACAACAUACACUUGGAAAUGGGAACAGUCAGCAAGACCCAGGCCACAGGACUUUCUGACGACCAACAGACCUUGCUGAGUCUCUUGAGUGCAAGCUCGACUCAUCUAGACCCUAAACAAGCUUGGGACGUCAUCCUUGCACAUGGACCAAGCCACCAAGGGCUUAUGAUUAGGAUAUUGUCGUUAAGAGGUAUUUCAGAAAGUUGUUUCUGUUUUCCUUCUUUGAAGUUGGCGGUGACUUCAUCAAAGGUAUACGGAGUAUCCUUUGAUCUUUGUAGGCUCAAAGAUUGUGGAGCAAUCAUUGAUUCUACAAGGAAACCGAACGUUGAUACAGACACUGACCAUCAUCAUCAGAAAACCAAGAAAGGAUUUCUUGGUUCUGUUUCUGCCUUAAUCAGCCUUGGUUUUGCAUCAGUUUUGCCUUUCAGCCUCAUCACUUGUUUUGUUUCGAGGCUUGCAUUCAAGGUUCGAAAUUUAAAAUGUAAUCUUAAGAACAGAGAUAAAAUUAAGGAUCAUAGCAAUGGUGAUGUUGCUGAAGAUUCUUAUCAUCGGAAGAUGUAA